AUGACGACCGAGGCGCGCCUGCGCAUCUCGCCCACCUCGCUCGAGGAGAAGCCGCACCCGCUCUCGACGUCGCCGCACUCUCCGGACCGGCGCUCGCCGAUGCCGCCGGCCGCGACGCUGUCGUUGAGCAACCCGUCGCCUCCCGCCGAGGUGGAAGCGACGCUGACCCGCCUCACUGCGCACCAGGGCGUGCUGGGCUGCCUGGUCCUCUCGCGCACCGAUGGCCUCGUGAUCCGCAGCGGCGGCCAGAUGUUUGAGCCCAGCGGACCCGGUGCGAGGGAGCGGGCCGAGUCGCUGAAAAAGGUCGUCAGGCUCGUCAAGAACUGCGUCGGCAUCACCAGCGACGAGGUCAAGAACGUCGACGGCAGCGACGAGCUCGGCUUCCUCCGCAUCCGCACGCGCAAGUACGAGAUCAUGAUCACGCCCAACGACAAGUACCUGCUCGUGGUGCUGCAGGACCCGACUGCAGGCCCGUGA